AUGUACCACGCAAGUAAGAGGCUACAGGCGAUUCGCCGGCAAUUGAAACACAUGGAUAAGCUGUACAUGUGUGGAUCGGACGACGAGGGACAAAGUGAAGCGGCAGAAUCUCCUGAUGGGUCUAAAUUUGAAUGGGCGGACGUGAUGCAUGGGUCUCGAAGUCUGUCUAACAUUAGUUAUUCGAGUCCAAUGAGCGUCGAGCGACAAGACCUGGUAGAGUCUCGCAGCGUGAACAGUAGCACAGCGAUGACAUCCGUUCCAGAAUGUGCGUCUGUGGAGCUCGACGAAAUUCCUCUGUCCGAAGAACUCCGUUGCGCCAUAUCAAAUAUGACGGAUUUAGAUGAUGUAGAUGGACUGAUAGGAAAUAUGAUAGACUCCAUGCAGGUAGAAACCUCCUAUGACGAAGAACUGCAGACUAUUGACAAUUCCAAUAACGAACCCGAUGACACGGUCAGGCAUUCUAAUAUAACUGAACUGACUCAAGAAAACAAUGGUGCUUUGCAAGAAAAUGGAAGCAAGAUUUUUUUGACAACAGAAGAAAAUUGGAGAAAAGACAGAAAAAAGAAGGAUAAUCAUAAUAUUAUUGAACGACGGCGACGGUACAACAUUAACGAUAGAAUCAAAGAGUUGGCCAGCCUCCUUCCUUCCAGCGUCCCUACAGACCUAAAGCAGAACAAGGGAUCCAUUUUGAAGACGUCGGUGGAAUAUAUGAAGGAGCUCAUCAAGAGCAAACAAAAACUCCAAAAGCUAGAGGAACACCAAAAAAUGAUGGAUAGCAAAGUUCAAAAACUGUUCAUCAGAAUUUUUCAAAUGGAAUUAAAAUUUAAACUGUAUGGGUUGACAGAAGACUUGAAAAACAGUAGAGGCAAGAAAAAGAAGAGGUCCAAGAAAAGUAUAUCCGAAAUAAACGCCAUGGUGGAGGCGCUUGUGAAAGAAAGCAUGCCAGAGUCUGCCCAACAAAGGAAGAGUAAACCAGUGCUUCCUUCCAAGAUGAAAAAUGUAGCACCCAACAACAAACAAAAUAUCAGUCCAGACGCCAAGUCUGGCUUACGACAACAUCUUAAUAAGAAGAUGUCCACAGGGGGGCCUACUCGAAAUGACACCUCUUCCAUUAAAGGAGUAAAUGAUCAGAGUCAGCAUAGAAUUAGAGAUCAAAGUCCACCGUUACUUGGUACCACAAGCGAUGGCUAUUUGGGGAAAAGUAACCCCCGUAUGGCAAAUUCCCAGCAGUAUGUUCUGGACAAGGACGGCAAUGUCCAGAUUGGUUUAAAAGAGGGGGAGCAAAUAAUUGAGCUGUCACCAGAGCAGUGCAACAUCUUGCUCGAGCUGUUCGAGAGCAAUGGAAAUGAACCACCGCUAAACACCGAUUCUUCACCUCAGCCAGAUGUUUCUGCGAAACAAGAGUGCUUGUCGCCAGUAACUUCAACCAGUAACAUGUUGGAAAGAUUGCUACGAAGGUCGGAUACGUCGUCUGAUGGGUGUUCGGAUUGCAGUGGAUUGGAGGAAUCCACAGAGAGCGAGAUGGAAUUGCGUUAG